UCUCCUUUCUUUCACUGUGGCUUCAAAAUCGCUGAUACACAGGGCCAUUCGGACGGACUUGCACCUUUUGACAGCAGAGCGUUGCCGCACCUUCGCCACCAUGGCUGCCUCGACUGAGCAGAACAUCGUGAUCGUGGGCGGCGGAAUUAUUGGCUCCACGAGCGCGUACUACCUGACGAGGCAUCCUUCGUACGACCCAAGCAAGCACAAGAUUACACUUCUGGAAGCGAGCAAGAUCGCAGGCGGCGCAUCGGGCAAGGCAGGCGGAUUGUUGGCUUUAUGGGCAUAUCCUAAGAGCAUCGUGCCUCUGAGCUACGGGCUACACAAAGAGCUUGCGGAAGAGCAUGGCGGAGCGCAGAGAUGGGGCUAUCGAGCGGUGCACUGUGGACAGGUGGACUGCGUAGGGCGAGUGCUGCCCGAGAAGAAGAGCAAGGACGAGAGUUCUGCAAACGGCACAAAUGCGAACGGAAAGAUGGGAGCUGGCGCAAAGGCUGACGAUGUGAGUCUGGAGAAGAAUCCGCCAAAGAAGAGCAGUGCGAAGAGAGGCGCGAUGGGUAUACCUGAGGACAUGGACUGGGUGGCGCAAGACGCGCUGAGAGCAUACGACGAGAUGGGUGAUCCCAGCACAACAGCGCAGGUGCAUCCAAGACAGUUCACGGAGAGCAUGAUUGAGUUGGCAAAGGAGAAAGGCGUCGAAGUCAAGACUCAGUCGCCUGUCAAGAGUAUUAACUACGCCAACACGUCUCAGGUGGAGAGCGUGACAUACACGGACAAGACCUCCGGAAAGGACCACACGAUACCCGCAACGGAUAUCAUCAUAGCCGCUGGACCGUGGACCAAGAGCGUGUAUCCUUCCGCUCCCAUCGGUGCCCUUCGCGCCCACUCCGUUACUAUUCAGGCUAACGUCUCACCCUACGCUCUCUUCACACAAAUCAAGCUUCCCUCCAAGUUUCCCAACUCAGCAUCUAAAGGCCCUCACAGCGGUCAAAUUGUCAGUCCCGAAAUAUACGCUCGCCCCAACAACGAAGUCUACGCUUGCGGCGAAGGCGAUCAUGAGGUUCCUCUCCCUCCCACUUCAGAUGACGUCGAGGUCGACCAGUCGCGGUGUCAGGAUAUUGUUGACUUUGUCUCUUCCAUCUCUGAUGAGCUGCGAGAUGGAGAGGUCACUGCGAGACAAGCUUGCUACUUGCCUCAGGUCAACGGCAGUUCGGCUCCCUUGCUUGGCGCCGUUCCAGGCGCGAAGGGCUUGUGGAUAGCAGCAGGCCAUACGUGUUGGGGAAUCCAGAAUGGUCCAGGCACCGGAAAAUUGAUGAGUGAGUUCGUCUUCGACGGCAAAGCCAAGAGUGCAAAGGUCGAAGGGCUCAAUCCCGCGAAUUACAUGUGAAGCAGGGGAGUACAUGAUGUUUCAGACCACAGGAUGCAGCACUACGAGACUACAGCUCGUACGCUACAAAUCGCCUUGUAAACUUCGUCGCUCGAGGUUGGCUUGCUUCUCCGUGGCCCGCAAGUCUCCC